AAUCUCAACCAUCCAUAAUAUGAAAACGGAUGGUGUAAGAUGAGUUCUCAUCUUUAGAAUGGUUCUCACUUAAGCUAAGGGUUCUUACAUGAUCCCAUUUCUCUCUCUUUAUAUAUAUAAAGAUUACUCUUUUUUUUUAAUUUUUUUAUUUUUACGAUUUUUAUAAACCAAUGUACCUCAUGUGCUUAGCCACAUAUAAGACUUAUCCGGAAAAAUAUUUUACUCCACAUUUUUCUCAAGGAAAGGUAGACAAAAGCUAGACAAGAACAUAAAAGAACAGAUAGACUCGAUAGAGUACCAAAUUAGCAAUUGCGUAUUUGCGUACAGCCUAUUUUUUUCCACGAAUUGUUGUUAUUCAUAAUUUGAUUCAAUCAAUCUGAGUGUUUGAGAAAGGACGAAAAUGGCGACAAAAUCAGCAGAUGCAAGCAGCAGCACUGCUGCUGUUCAAGCCACUAAUGACGACGCUUCUGCUAGCAAAUUGUCUUGUGUGAAAAAGGGAUACAUGAGAGAUGACUACAUCCAUUUGUUUGUGAGAAGGCCUGUAAGGAGAUCUCCUAUAAUUAAUCGUGGUUAUUUUGCCCGUUUUGCUGCUCUUCGCAAGCUUCUUUUCCAGUUUCUCAAUACUGAUGAUCAGAAUAGGAAGCAAGUUCUAUCACUUGGAGCAGGCUUUGAUACAACAUAUUUUCAGUUGCAGGCGGAAGGAAAGGCACCAUACCUAUACGUGGAGCUGGAUUUUAAGGAGGUGACUAGCAAGAAGGCUGCAUUAAUUGAAUUUUACAAUGAGCUGAAAGAAAAACUUGGUCCAACAGCUUCGAUUUCACGAGAAAAUGGAGAAGUGCAUGGAGAUCAUUACAAACUGCUUCCUGUUGAUUUGAGGGACAUUCAAAAUUUAAAUGAUAUAAUAGGUUUAGCUAACCUUGAUCCCAGUCUGCCAACAUUUAUUAUUGCAGAGUGCGUUUUAAUAUACUUGGAUCCUGAGUCAAGCCGUUCUAUAGUUGGUUGGGCUGCAAAAACAUUUUCCACAGCUGUAUUUUUCCUAUAUGAGCAGAUUCAUCCAGAUGAUGCUUUUGGAGAGCAAAUGAUUCUUAACUUGGAGUGCCGUGGUUGUGGGCUCUUAGGCAUACAUGCUACACCAACUUUGGAAGCGAAAGAAAGGCUUUUCCUUGAUCAGGGAUGGCAGAGGGCUACUGCUUGGGACAUGCUGAGAGUUUACAGUGAAUUUAUAGAUUCCCAAGAAAGACGCAGGAUUGAGCGCCUGGAGUUAUUCGAUGAAUUUGAGGAGUGGCACAUGAUGCAGGAACACUACUGUGUUGCUCUUGCUAUGAAUGAUGCUCUGGGCAUAUUUCUGAAUUACGGCUUUCACGAGAACGAUGAGAAAAAAGCUAGCUCCACUCCAACCAGAUCAUGAUCAAAGCAAGGAUGCCAACUACACAAGCUCAUAAUCAGUUUUAGUAAGUUUGGUACAAUGAAGAAGUUCAUGAAAUGUGCAUGUUAAUUUGCUCCCAACUUGCACUAGAUUAGACUGAGAAUGAAAACCCAAGAAAUACAAAAAACUUCAGCACUAGUCUACAAAAGGAUAUAACAUGUAGUAUAAUGUGGUCCGUGUAUGAUGUUUGACUUAUAGGAAGAUCUACAUUUUCUAUUCUUUUGCUUAGCUGUUUUCGCAAACGAACGUGGUAGGGACCUUUCUUUAACCACAUAACUGGUGUCACCCAUGGACUUGUGGGGGACUUUGUUUGGGUCUUUGUUAUUUCUAAUCUGACCCCUUCUUUUUUUA